AUGGCCAUUCAUUGCCCUUUAGUGCUCUCUAAUGACAAGCAAGUUCUUACAAAAUAUCAGCAAGUACCAAAGGGGUAUAUCCCAGUUUAUGUAGGUGAUCAGGGUGAUAAGAAGAGAUAUGUGGUGCCGCUUUCUUACUUAAGCCACCCUUCAUUUCAAGACUUGUUACAGCUUGCUGAACAAGAGUUCGGGUUUAAUCAUUCUAUGGGCGGUCUCACAAUUCCAUGCUCAGAAGAAGCGUUCUUUGAACUAACCUCUGAGCUAAACUGA